AUGAUUGAUUUCGAAGCACUGAGGAAGCACCAGUCGCGACUUCUCGUGCGACAACUAGGCGGCGUGGUGAUGCUUGGGCUGAAAAAGGGGGCAAAAGACAAGGUCGCCGAGCACCUUCACAGUGGGAUGGGAUAUCUGCGGCACCCCUGGCCACUCGCCAAUCUGACGGAUCAGUUUACAACCAACCUGAGAUCUUGCCCCGUCACCCUUCCUGACGUGCGUGCGAUUUGUUUCCCGGAUUUCUCUCCUACUACAUCUGUUGGGAUAUAUAGUGACCUCAAAAUAACGGCCCCUUCAGAUUCUCCCAUGAAAGGAUUUUCAAGUGCGUACCCUGUUAAUAUGUAUGUGAAAGAACGUAUGGAUUCGCCACCAAAAACCCAUGCGUGACUUGGGAAUUCGAACACUGCUUGAUUGGGUACGUGUGCAUGUGCUGCGACGAAACAUGUGUGCAAUAUAUGCAAUGUU